AUGAGCCAAAAUAAAGAGAAUUAAAAAGCAUUUGUGAUUGUUUGAAAUUGCUAAAUUUUUGGAACAAAUGUGAUUAUUUCACAUCUUGAUAAAUAUGAUACUUUCACAGUAUGCAUCUCACUGUAUGAUAUUUAUUGAGAUAUUUUGUAGAGGCUGACAAAAAAGAUUUAAAUAUGCUACUUCUUUUUCCUUUUAACAUACCUUAACAAGCCUUUGGUACUGUAUUACUAUCAUAAUCCAAAGAAUUGAGGUCUAAAAGUUGGUAGUUAGUAAAAGUUAUCUCUUCAUGUAGUCUGCAUGUUGUAUGUUGUUCCAUCUGUUUGUAAGCUAUUGUUGCACCAAAAUAAUGAAUUUAAGCAGAGAUUUAUAAUUCAAGAUGUUGUGAUGGCCCACAAUAUUAUUGUGACAUUUUGGACAAUACAAUAUCUCGAUAUUCUGGUUAUUAUUACAUCCCUAUUUACUUCAAAAGAAUGAUCUGUUUUGGUACCAUUAGAACCACUCUUAUUCCACAAAAUCAAAUGUAUUUCUAAGUAAGCUUGUAUUUCACUACAACCACAUCAUUAGUGUGGUUUAAAUAUUGAUAAUAAUACAAUCAUGUGACAAAAGAUCCAUUGAGGUGAAUGUACUGUAGGUUAUCUCACAUUUGCACUAACUGUGGUCAAUGGAACAUGCCUGUAUCACUAUGUAAUCCAGACAAACAGUGCACUCAAAGGGGAAGUGCAAAAAGCAGAAGUUCAGUUAGACCGCGCACAGAAGGAAAACAAUGAUUCAAGGAUCAAAGUUCACUUCAAAACCAGGAAAUGAGCCUCUACAUCUACUACUCUAGCUCUAGAGUAGACUCGCACAACACUGAAGUCCUAUGCACUUACCAAUCCAUCACAAUGAAGAACAAAGAGGAGCUUGUACUUAUAAUGGAGGAUUGUCAGAAAAUGAUCUCGAUGCAGCUUUUCCUUCAUAUUUCUCUUUUACCAGCAGUGAUAAUUUUAGGAGCACUGUCUUUUCUUCAGAAGCGAGCCCAAAAACUGUCCAUUGACCACAAACUCCCUUUUUUAGAUGGACGAUUUGGGAUUGUGGUGCCUUUGGACACCAUUGGCAGCUUCAGUAAUCGUUGGUCUUAUGGUUUUGCGUUUGGUGCUGUGUCCUCAAGUGUCCUUCUUCUCUUCUCUGAGAACUACAUCCCGUUUACUGUCCCGACCUGGGCCAGAGCUGUAGUGUACUUGAUUGGGGCCAUGGAAGUGGGGUUGGCCUUUUUUCCUUUCUUUGCCUGUUUAUCUACAAACUUUAGAGCGGUGGGGGCUUCACUUGGAAUACUCUACUCACUCAGCUGGGUUAUUGUCACAAUUUGGGACACAUACACUUGUCCUGAUGGCAAGAUUUUGGGUAAAUACCAAAAUCUUAUAAUCCAGUGGCCUUGCAUUCUUUCCCUCAUCUUCCUGUUGGGACGAUUUGUGUAUAUUCUGGUAAAAGCUUUUCGGAUACACCUUAAGAUGGAACAGGAGACAGAGGAGUUAAUGCAUCUUCACCAAAUGCAGCAUGUUAAAAGACUUUUUAGAAAAACAACUGGGCAGAUUAAACCACUGAGUUGGCUCCAGAGAAAUGUCUAUGAGUGGGACCCACAUUUCAAGUUUCCCAACAGGCUUAUCGGCACUGCCAUUAUAUCACUUAUUGGACUAUACACGAUGACGCUAGCAGAUUACGGCCUCAGUAAUGUAGCUUUUGACCAAAUUGACAGAUGGAAAGAAACACUGAAGCAUUUGACAAUUUCAUGCAAUGAAACUGACUCGUUUGGGGCUUUGAUUCCACAAUUUGAGGAGCUUAUUGAUGUUUCAAGAAAGUGCUGGCUGGCAACUACUAUUUUUGCAAGUCUCAACUCAGUGGCCUACACCUGCCAUGUGCUUGUAUGUUACAGGAAACAAAUGAAGAGACUAUGGAAAGGACAGAAGAAUUUUCUACCUGAAAAAUUCCACAGUCCUGGUUCAGCUGUAAGCAUGGCUUCAAUUACGAGAUACUCAGGGUGGCAGAUUGCUUUCACACUUUGGGGUUACCUGAUAGUUCAUUUUGUCCACUUCCUGUUUGCCUUGGCGUUUGUUUACAUCUUCAUUCUCCCCAUUCAACAUGGACACAUUCUGCAUUUGCUGAAGAAUAUUGGAAUCAUACUGCUGACAUUAGGUCUCAUUAUAUUCCUUGUGAUCAUUCAAGUGGUGUUAGUUCAAAUAUUUUUUCUUCAAGACAAGAUGUCUCCUACUGAUAAACAGAAGCCCAUUGCACUAAAUAACAGGAAAGCAUUCCACUGCUUCAACUACUUUUUUUUCUUCUAUAACGUGAUUAUGGGAGUGGGUAACUGCAUCAGCCGACUCAUGACCAGUGUGAUAGUGGGGACGUGGCUAGUGUCUCGUAUUGACCGCACCAUCAUGCAGAGAGGAUAUGAACAUAUGGACCCAGGUUACAGCACUUGGGUUGGAAUGAUCACUGCUGAUCACUACCACACCAACCCAGUGAUAGUAUGUUUCUGUCAGCUGCUGGUCUCCCACACUCUGGAGAGACAAGGCUUAUCGGCAUACUCCACAUUCAGCAACACGCCAUCUGAUCCAUUGGUGAACAACAGGACUCGUAGACGUUGGACGUUAUAUUAUACUUUAUUGAGAAACCCGCACCUAAUUCUAUUGAGGAAACAUCACCUUUCUACAGCUUCAUGUUUCACCUCCUCCUCCUGUACAGACACAGUGGUGAAGGCCGUGGUCCUGGCCUCUCAAACUCAGAAGAGUGGAGCUGAUACACAGAUAGACUCUGCACCAGAGACAAACGCUAGAUAAUCCAUACAGUACACAAGCACCGCUACAACUAACCACAUGGUUUUGUUUGUUAUUCCAUUUUUCCUAAUUAGAGGAUUUUUAUUUUAUUUUUUUUGAAGAGCCUGACCAAUCCCAGAGACAAUUAUAUGCUCUUUGAUAGUGCGUGUAUGCAGCUGCUCUGGCCUGUUCCCUGGUCGGUCACACAUCAGUCUAAAGGGGCAUCAUUGCUUUACAAACAAGCAAUGGGUGUGAUACAAAAAGCAGAGCAUCAUUUUACAAUAGAUUUUUUUUUCUCUUUUUUUUUUUUUAAUGGGCUAAUAAUUUUACAGACACUUUUAAUUUACUUUACUUUCUGUAGCUAAAUAAAGCAUGUUGCCAAGUUGUU